CGCCUCCAAUAAAGCCAAAAGAAGACAAAGCAUUGACUUUUUGUUGUCAUAUUGGGCAGACACCCUACAGAUGGCACUGAGUUAAGUGUAAUAAGCUGACAGUGGGAUUAAGUACAUGGUAACAGGCCUUGUUGAAUCCUCCGCUUGCCCCCGCAGGUUAGUUUGCCGUCGUGUAACCGGACACAUGCCUCUGCGUGCUGCUUUGCAAGUGGCUGCUGUUCGCCUCUUUAACACCAUCUAAUAUUAACCGCGGCACUCUGGCCACUUUGCCUCUUCUCUCUCGGUUUCUGUCAUCUCUUCUGCUCAAGACUUUAUUCAUUAUGUGUCCUCUGCAGCUGAGGAAGUUGCUCUUUGUAGGGUGGGUCGUAGGUUACGUCGCCUUUCUGCUCUCAAUCAAGAGGAUGUGGACCGGGAAGUACAUCCGAAAUCCGGUUGUCCGCUCUCUCCUGGUGAACAUGCUGAGCGACCUGGAUACGAUAGACGUUACAAAGUGGUACAGGUGCAACCCUGACCAACUGGAAGAAUCACUGCAGCCACUGUUUAUCCAAAACCAGCUGGAUGCGGACACCAGGGCUUUUGUGGAACAGAGUGAAGAGAAGUCUACGUAUCUCUUCACCCAAAUCUAUUAUUCUCUCGUCUCAACUGUCCUCAGCCCGCUGGUAUCGCGUACCUCCAUUAAUGGGUUUCUGGGUCGCGGCUCUAUGUUCGUGUUUUCCAAGAACCAGUUCCAGCAGCUGAUGCGGAUCGAGCCAGACUGGGUGACUGACAGACUAUUGGACCUCGGCGCGGGGGAUGGUGGUGUUACAAAGGUGAUGGCACCACAUUUCACGGAGGUCUAUGUAACUGAAGUGUCAUUGACCAUGAAAAGGCGUCUCCGCAAGAAGAAAUUCAAACUGCUGGGUAUAGAUGCGUGGCAGGAGACAGGCUUUAAGUAUGACGUGAUCAGCUGUUUGAACCUUCUCGACCGCUGCGACGAUCCCCUGCAUCUCCUGAAGGACAUCCGACAAUCACUGGUUCCAGGGACGGGAAGACUCAUCGUGGCUGCUGUGAUUCCUUUCCAACCUUGGCUAGAAAUCGGAGGGAGAUGGGAGCGUCCCAGGGAAUACAUAAAAAUUCAAGGCAAGACUUGGGAGGAGCAAGUAAACAGUCUUACAAAUGAGGUUUUCCGAAAGGUGGGGUUUGAGGUGGAGUCCUUCACCCGAUUGCCAUACCUCUGCGAAGGGGACAUAGCAAGAGAUUACUACCUUCUUGAUGAUGCAGUUUUUGUUCUAAAGUCCUCAGAUGAUCAAGUGGCUGCUCCAUGAGUACUACAAGCACAGAGUAUGUAGUUAUAUUUUCAUGAGCAUUCUUGAAUCGCAGUGUUUGACUUUUUUAGAAGUGGCGAGUCGGGUGUGAAGCUCAGGUAACAUAGUUUCAAUGUUCACCAGCCAUCUUGUUUAGUGAGACCUCUACCCAAAAAUCUGGAAGGCAUUUGGCCUAUAAGAAAAUGCCACUAAUGGACUCUGAUGUCAUAACUCUUACACAACCAACAAAACAUGAGAUUUUUUUUUGUCUGUUACUUGUGCUCACUCGAAGUAUCAUUCUGUAUUGAUGCAGAGGACCCUCUUGAGAUGGUGUUUAACUGGACCCUUAUUUUUCCCAACAAAUUUUCUACCCAAUAUCAGACAGUGAAGAUGGCGCAAGUGAAAGGAAGGCAUUUAAACACCCAUUUUGUAGCCAGUUCAUUAUAAUUUUACAAUAACUUGAAGCAGAACUUUUAAAGUGAGCCCAUGGAAUUCCAGCUUCAAUGACCACAAAAAGAAUAUUGUAGACUGUUCAAAGCUAGUUUCUUUCUUUCUUUUUUUUUUUUUUUUUAAAUGAAAACAGAUUCUUAAAGCUUUAUCCUUUGACUUUGACAAUAACAUCUAAAUCUUAAUUCUUGAUAUAAAAUGCCUGUUGGUGCUAGUAGAUGUAACUAUGACAUAAAUGGACAAGGCCUUAGUUGCCGCAUUGACUUGUAAACUACUGGUUUUACUAUUCCAAGCAAUGCUGUAGCAGCAAGCCCUGCAUUUAUGGCUGUUUAUGAAUUAAACUUUGUCUCUCAAUGUUAUGGCCUGAAUAUAUGCUGCUCAAAUAAUGGUGCAGAAUGAAUUUUUUUGGGGGGGGAAAUGUGCCACACAUAAUGCAGUCUAAGUGUUUGUUCUAAAUAAAAUACACUUUUGAGCAUU